GGGGGCGCGGGGCGGCCGCGCCGGAAGUGCCCGGUUGGGCAGAGGAAGCGCCGCGGCUGCGCGCAGCUGGCCGAGCCAGAGGGAAGGGCUUUCGCUCCUGGCCCGGGGAGGGGCUGCCGCGGCCCCAGGCUUGGCGGCGAGACGCGGCGCGGCCCAGACGGGCGGCGACUCCCAGGGAAGGGACCCCCCACUACCCCCACCCGACCCCUGCCGCCGGGGCGGAGGACGGGCAGAGGCCGCGCCUAGGGACGGCGGCGAGCGCAGAGGCCCCGAGGCCUUGGCCGCGUCACAGCACCCACAUGGCCUCCGGAGUGGGCGCGGCCUUCGAGGAGCUGCCUCACGACGGCACGUGUGACGAGUGCGAGCCCGACGAGGCUCCGGGGGCCGAGGAAGUGUGCCGCGAAUGCGGCUUCUGCUUCUGCCGCCGCCACGCCGAGGCGCACAGGCAGAAGUUCCUCAGCCAUCACCUGGCCGACUACGUCCAUGGCGCCCAGGCCUGGACCUCGCGGGCCCACGGGGAGGGGGCGGGCAAGGAAGAAGCCGAGGCCAAGGUGGAGCAGGAGAAGGAGUUAGAGAGCGAGGCCGGGGAAGAGAGCGAGUCUGAGGAAGACAGUGAGACGGAGGAGGAGAGCGAGACGGAGGAGGAGAGUGAGGAGGAGAGCGACGAGGAGAGUGAAGAAGACAGCGAGGAGGAGAUGGAGGACGAGCAAGAAAGCGAGGCGGAGGAAGACAACCAGGAGGAAGGAGAGUCAGAGGCGGAGGGAGAAACUGAGGCAGAGAGCGAAUUUGACCCGGAAAUAGAAAUGGAAGCGGAGAGAGUGGCCAAGAGGAAGUGUCCAGACCACGGGCUGGAUUUGAGCACUUACUGCCAGGAGGAUAGGCAGCUCAUCUGUGUCCUGUGUCCUGUCGUUGGGGCUCACCAGGGUCACCAGCUCUCCACCCUGGACGAAGCCUUCGAAGAACUAAGAAGCAAAGACUCAGGCGGAUUGAAGGCGGCUAUGAUAGAGUUGGUGGAAAGGUUAAAGUUCAAGAGCUCAGACCCUAAAGUAACUCGGGACCAGAUGAAAGUGUUUAUACAGCAGGAAUUUAAGAAAGUUCAGAAGGUGAUUGCUGAUGAGGAGCAGAAAGCCCUUCAUCUAGUGGACAUCCAGGAAGCAAUGGCCACAGCUCAUGUGACUGAGAUACUGGCAGACAUCCAGUCUCACAUGGAUAGAUUAAUGACUCAGAUGGCCCAAGCCAAGGAACAACUUGAUACCUCUAACGAAUCAGCUGAGCCAAAGGCAGAGGGUGACGAGGAAGGACCCAGGCUCUGUCAUUAUGCAGGGAUCUUCGAUUCAUCCUCAUGCAGUAUCCUCUGAGAGUCAGCAGUGGAAGAGAUGCUCUCUGGGGAGCAGCAACCCAAGUUUCCUCUGACUCCACAGAAUAACAGCCUGUUGCUUCUUCAUCAAGUAACUUACUCCUCAGAUCCAUGAUACGCAGUCAUAGUGGCAGAUUCUCAGAGGAGGGAAGGAGCAAAAGAACUAAUAUGUAGAGCAUGGAUAGCAACUGCUGUAGAGUCAUCAUUUAACAGGGUGUCUUUGAAGCCACAGUGAUUUUUUUCCAAGUAAAAAAAGCAAUUUACACUUUUGGCAGCAAUUUUCUGUCUUCUCUGUGCUAUUACAGGAGAUCUUGUGUUUGCACCCUCACAGAUUGGCUCCUUCUCUUCUGAAGCCUGCUGAGAAGUAAUAUGUAUUUGAGGAGAGGAGGUGGCUGUAGGAACUGCUGGCGUGAAACCUAUUGUGUGGUGGGAGGAAGUCAGAGAGAGAAAGACCCAUAAACCCUUGUGCUCAAAGAAGGAGCAAGAUCAGGACUAAAUUUCAAUUUGCUAUUGAGGUUCUCUGAGAUUUUUCUUUUUAACGAAGAGGAAAAUGACUUUUUUAAUAGUCAAAGUUAUAUGUGGAACUUCUGUAGAAUUUCUCUUCCUCAAAGAGGGCUAUUCCUCAGGCACAAGGCUACUGCUGAGAUCAGCGUGACUCUGACCCACACUGAAUCUGUUGAUCAGACAGAAAGCAUGCUGUGCAGGAGUCAGAGAUGAAGGAGAUCAGCCACCUCACUUCUAUUCUUAGUUCUGCCUGUGACUGACUGCAUGACCCUAGGCAAAUCAUUUAACCUCCUGUGAACCAUAGCCUCAUCCCUCUCUGCUCGCACUUCACCUAGUUUUGGGGACAUAGUUUUGAGGAAGAAUACAAAGCUUGUAUCGAAUACAAAGUGGAGGGGCUGAUGUUGUGGUACAGUGGGUUAAACUGUUGCCGAUGGUGCUGACAUCCCAUAUGAGCACCAGUUCAAGUCCAGCUGCCUGCUAGGGAACUGGGAAGGCAGCAGAAGAUAACGUGAGUGCCCGUGUUCCUGCCACCCACAUAGGAGACCCAGCUGAAGUUCUUGCUGCUUUGCUUUGACCUGGCCCAGCUCUGGCCAUUGCAGCCAUUUGUGGAAUGAACCAGGGGGUGGAAGAUCUCUGUCUUUCUUUCCCUCUCUUUCUAUAACUCUUUCAAAUAAAUAAAUCUUUUUUAAAAAUAUGAAGUGGAAAGAAUCUGCUUAUAGAUUCUGUAAUUUGGUAGACUUAUUUUUUUAGUCCUAAUUUUGUUUCUUUAAAUAUUGUCUUACAGUUAUAUAUAUCCUUUUUUCUCCUCUAAACAAAUCACCAUAUGUUCUUAGAUACAGCAUUUCUCUUUCUGACUAGCUAGGUUGUAGAGAUAAAAGAGGACUAAGUUAGUGAUACACUUUAGUUUAUUUUGUCCUUUGAUUACAAAUUCAUGGUUUGGUUAUUUUGUUAUCACCAUUUGAGGAGACCCAUCUGGAAGCCAAAGGAAAUGAAGCUGAUGCUUGUGACAUGACAUGGAACUGUCGGGGCUGUUUAUUGUAUAGAGUGGGGUUCCGACAUCUAAGUUGGCCUUUAGCAUAGAGAGGCUCUUAAUGGCCACAUUCUCCUCUUUAGGAGCAUGAGCUGACUUUGUUUUGCCAUCCUGGUGUGGAUUGUUUGUCCCCUACUUUAGCCAAAUAAAGGAUAAACUUCUGUUACACCUUAUACUGACAGUUUAUAUCAAAAGCAAGCCUCUUUGCUAAAGUACUUGGUUUUUAGAAGUUUUCCUGUGAGAGUCACAACUUUAUUUUGUGUAUGUUGGUAUAUUAACCAGGGAAUCUACUCACAUCUAGAAUAUUCAGCCAAGGUGCCUGUAGCUUAUUGCAUCUGCUCCCAACUGGAAGUGCUAAGAACAGCCCAUAUUCCAUAUUGCUGCCUGCUAUUUCUGGCUCAAUAAUGCUAACAGUUGGGCCUGGUAGGAAGAGGCCUGGGUGUCACUUUGCAUGCUGUGGUUCUGCUCUAUUCCACUUUUGUUUGCCAUCCAAUGCAGUAGUUAAUGAUGUAUGACAGGCUACUCUUGUUUAUGUAUUUGGUCUCAGAGUAACAUUUUCUGCUAGGCACUCUGGUCCUUAAAGUUUCAGAAAGGAGAGAUUACAGAGGAAUUCUCACAUUCAUUUGUUCAGCAAAUAUCUUAGAGGUGCCUAAUGUGUGAUAGGCCUCAGAGAUAUGAAGGUGACUAAGAUUUUUCCCUUGAAUUUAUAGAUUUCAAAGUCUGAUUUGAAUGAGAGUUAAACCAUUUUAAUUUCAUAUUUAAGUACAGUAUAAAAUCAUAAAUUAUUAUAGAGAAGGAUUUAUUGAGUGACAACAAUAUGUGAGAAAAUAUUUUAAACAUUUCCAUAUAUCAUUUAUUUCUCACAACAGUCCUAAUAAGUGGUUGUUAAUAUACUACCUUCAUUUCUCAUCCUAGAUGAAAAGCUGAGUUGCAGAGAGGUUAUACAUUCAUGAGACCACACAGCUAACAAGCAGUGGAGCCAGCAUCCCAAGUCUAAUAGUCUGACUCCAGAGUGUGAGCUCUUAACCAUUGCACUGUAAUAAUACUCUAAAAUAAAUGUAUUGGAUAUAGAUUAGGAUCCAAGUAAUUCAAAAGAAAGAAUCAGAACGUACAGCAUUUCUUCUUCCUGUUGACAGUAGGUAGGGCUACUUUCUAUUUUCUUACUUUUAGAUGGAAAGGGUAGAGGGGCUGUCCAAACAGAGAGACCAGCACAUAAAAAGACUCAGGAAUGACCACACGUGCUAUGUGGAUGGUGAGUAAUAACAGCACGAUUGCCCUGUGGCAGGAACUAAGACUAAAACCUGGGUUGAGUCCAGCUUGCACAGGAUCUUUUAUGCCAUGAGAUGGUGAAAGGUUUGUAUUGUUUCCGAUUACACUUUACCUCUUGCCUGUAUCAUCUAUGGAAAAAAAAAAUGGAACCUUACGGGUUUCUUCCUCUAGGAAGAUUUCAUGUUUUAUUAUGGGUAAAUUGUUUGCUUUCUUCAUACCUCAGUUUCUCAACCACUUGCAUCUUAUUAUACCCAAAGGGCAAAUAUGCUAUGAAGCAUUGAAAGUGUUCUGCUUUUGGAAUUGCUCUUUUAAAUGGAAAAGCCAUCAGCUAAGCUAAGGUAGUUGUAAGAGGAAAUUAUUCAUUUGAUUUGUGUCCUAUUCCUCCAUUUUGACAGCUCCUACCUUCCUCUGAUUUAGAAGUAAGUCUGAAAAGUAGUCACCCAGUUCCUUUUAAAUUAAUAGAGAAAGGCAGUUCUUAAGUAUUAACAUUUCCCAAAUAAAUGUAAAGGUAUAGAUGUUUUUACUUCAAUUGAUGUGUACAGUGCCAUGUUGAUACCCAAAGUAUAUCCAGUGCUAAAGUACAUGGCUGCAGUCUAGUUCUCCUGUUCUUUGUCUUCAUAGCCAUUUUGGACUGGAAUUAAGUAGAAUAUAUUUUUAGGAGGCCACAAACUCCAGUAUGUGUUUCAAGAAUAUCUAAAUUUGAUAUCUUUGCUUAUGCUCCCCUCACUAGCGGGCAGCCACAGCAAAAUUGUUCAUAGUGUCUUUCACUUUAUUUUUUUUAACUUUUAUUUAGCAAAUAUAAAUUUCCAAAGUACAGCUUAUGGAUUACAAUGGCUUUCCCCACUCCGAUAACUUCCCUCCCGCCCACACCCCUCCCAACUCCAGCUCCCUCUCCCAUUCCAUUCACAUCAAGAUUCAUUUUCAAUUAUCUUUUUAUACAGAAGAUCAAUUUAGUAUAUAUUAAGUAAAGAUUUCAACAGUUUGCACCCACACAGAAACACAAGUGUAAAAUACGGUUUGAGUACUAGUUAUAGCAUUAAUUCCCAUUGAACAACACAUUAAGGACAGAGAUCCUACAUGAGGAGUGUUUUUCACUUUAGAAGAAACCUGCUGGUCUUAAGCAUCUUCUCUCCACUUCCCAGUGAAAGGCAGGAAAGAGGCCAGUAAUUCCUUUUCUCCAACAGUUUCCAAGGGUCUUUUCUUUUUCUCUAAGCUCUUUCUGGCUGAAUGGCAUUUGCCUCUUUUUCUAGAGACCUUCAGUGGGCAUCUGUAACAGAUGUUGGGAAUACAUGCUGGUGGAUUUCUUUUUUUCAAGAUAGUAUGCUGUUGAAAGCAAAUGAGUGCCGCUUUCCUUAAAAUUAGGACUGUAAGGAGCUGGCUUCAGAAUUUUCAGGAAGGAGACCAAAGGCUGAGAUAAAGCUGAAGCACCAUAAAUGAUGAGGUUUUGCCAUAGGCCCGUGUUCCUGUGCCUGUUCUCGUUUGGACCUAGAACCUAAACGUGAGUUGUCUCAGGUUCCUAAAAGAUACUUUUUUUCCACAAGCAGAAGUUUCAAGGAAGAAAAUAACUACUUUGUUAGAUGAAAUGCCCCAUCCUCAACUCCUGCUCCUGAGCACCACUACCAGUUGUACCCUGUAGGUUGCAAUGAGGUUGUAAAAUGAAAGGCAUUUUGUUUCCUUGGUAAGUACAUGUCCUUUACACUCUGGUUGCAUCAAUUCUAUUUAAAGGAAGGUGAGAUUGAACACGAGAAAAACAGUACAGACAAGGAGGAGCUGAAGAACUUUAGUGGGGUGAGGAUGGGGAGGGUGGUGUUGUGACACAACAGAUAAACGCUGCAGCCUGUGAUGCCAGCCAGCAUCCCAUAUGGGCUCCAGUUGGAGUCCUGGCUGUUCUACUUCUGAUCCUGCUGCCUGCUAAUGUCCUGGGAAAAACGCCUGUACCCACAUGGAAAACUUGGAUGAAGCUCCUGGCUCCUGGCCUUGGCCUGGCCCAUUGCUUGCUCUCUCUCUGACUUAUAAAAUAAAUCUUAAAAAACUCAACAGAAUGAGGAAAAGAAUAAUUUUUCAGCUGUUCCUGGCUGCUGGAUGCAUCUUGGUCUAGUUGCUGUGGGGUGUUGUGACAUUUUAUCCCGCCCACAUAGGUGCUGUCACUCAGACUAGGCUUAGCUAAAAUAACUAGGCUGCCAAGUUUGCCCUAACUUUCAGAGUAGUCUAGGAUUAAUACUUAGCCAACAAUAGCAGUGAUACCUGUCUAUGUAUUGAACAUUAAGUAAGAACUAGACCUACAUAUAUUAACGUGUUUAAACAACUUCUGGGAAGUAUAGUUAUUCUAAGCUCUCUUCUGUGUGAAGAAGUUGAUACUGUGGUCACACACCUAAGAAAUAACAAGAAUUAGAACUCAGAUCUAUCAGGAUUAAAAGUCUAUGCUUUCCCAGUCCCAAAAAGACAAAUACCAUAGGUUUUCCUUGAUCCAAGAUAACUAAUAGAGUACCUACAAUGUAAUAUAUUGGAGUCAAAAGAACAUUUUAAGAUACAAUGAUUGUAGCCCCGUCUCUUCUGUUGAGGAACAGUGUUUUCUUCUUCAUACUAUUUUUUGAACUCUUUCACUUAGUGUAGGGUUAACUUUACAAUCAUAAAGUAAACUGAAAAUACAUCUUUGUAAAAAUUAAGAGUAGGAAUGGGAGAGGGAGGAAGAAGGGCCUUGGAGCAUGGGCAGGAGGGAGAGUAGGGUGGGAAGUAUCACUAUGUUCCUAAAUCGAUAUAUAUGAAAUACAUGAAGCUUGUAUAGUUUAAAUAAAAUUUACAAAAAGAAAAAGUCUAUGUUUUCAGCCAUUGUAGUAUACUUCAUUGUAGUAUACUUUGUAGUAUGUAUUCAGGAUGGAAUAUUCAUCUUCCAGUUUCUUGGCUGGGAAUAAAUGAAGCUCAUGGAUGCGAUUGUAACAAAGCAGAAUUGGCAUUUAAAUUUUUAAAAAUUCGUUUGUUUGUGAGAGAGAGCACACCUAAUUGCUGGUUUACUCCCUAAGAGCCCACUGGGGCCAAAGUUAGGAACUUAAUCCAGGUCACCUAUGUGAGUGGCAACAGCCCAGUUAGUUACUUGAGCCAUUACUACUGCCUCUCAGGGUCUGCAUUAGCAGGAAACUAGAAUCAGGACUAAAGCUGAGUGUGGAAGCCAUAUACACUGAUGUGGGACGUGGGUCUCUUAGUUAAGAGUAUUUAACUGCUAGGCUAAACACCUGCCCCAGAUUUGGCAUUUUUAUCAGAUUUUUUUUUAAUUUUCUCUGCUAAAUGUCAAGAAGCAGUUUUUAGAAGAAGUGGAAGUGGGGUUUGCCAAGAAAAUGCCUAAGGUAGAAUGAACAGGAACUGCUCUCCCUAGACAGGUAAACAUUAGUUUACUCCCUGGAUUUGUGGAGCCAGUAACUGCCAUUGCCUCUUUUGAAAGAGCCACUGUUCACCCAGUGGCAGGUGCAGGCCAACUGUUGCCAUGGAAACAGCAGGAGAAGCAGUUUAAUUCCAGAACUGAUAAUUAACUGGGGGUGGGGUGAGGAGGUGGGGAGAGAAUUGGGGGGAUAAUUGUUGCAAGAGGGGAAACAUAGCAAUUACCAGCAAGCUGCAUAGAUGAAAAGUCCAAGCACAGAUGCUCUGCCUCAGCAUGCCCCUAAUAUUCAGUGCUCAUCCCCUCUGGUUAGGAAUUUUUGAUAAUCUAAAAUGAAGGGUCAAGUCUCCCCAGCCAGCCAAGACUUUUUAAGGAACCCCAUGAGGAAGGAGAAAUGUUACAAAGACUAUGAAAAGAAAUGGAGAGAACCAGAUGAAUGGCUUCCCUAAGUGACACCACCCAGCCAGAAGCAACCCAGAAAUGCUCUCUCAACUCCUCAGGAAUAAUUCAUGCUUGGGGAUAAAAAGGACUCACAAAGCAUACUUUUUGUGAGUUUCUACUUCUGUGGAUGCAGUAGGGGAGAGUGCCUCAUUAGGAAGAAAAUGAAAGGAUGACUUGUAAAGGUGGUGACUUAUUUAGGUAGUUGAUUACCAUGGCUGUUAGGCUUGCAACCCUUCAGAGAUUGUAUUAAUGAAAGUAGCCAACCACUCACAGAAAUUAUUAUCCCAUUUAAUCCUCAACAUCUCAGGAAGAAGAUGCUGUUGUUAUUCUUACAUCAGAACCAGAGAUGUUCAAUACUUUGACCAAGGUCUCAGCUAAUAAGUCAAUGUACAGAAUCCAAUUAUCUUAUUGGGUUGUAUUUACAAAAUACAGCCUUGCACUGUACAGAAAAAUUGUAGUCCCAAUUUAAAAUAAAAUUAGACUUAAGUAGAUAGGAACAGCUUAUAAUAAAAAAGAAAAUGUUUUUCUAAUAAGGUAAGUGGCUUAGGGCAGGUAAGGCUUGGAAAAAGAGGUGACUUGAUGGCAUUGCAAAAUGCAAAGAGACUGUCAGAUUUCCUCUAAUAAUCCAUUUUAACAAAACUUACAUGAUGUGUGUAUUUUUCAUGGGAAAAAUGCCAUACAGUAUAGCAAGAUCUCUCUCUACGUGUGUGCACAUGUGUUUGCGUGAGGAAAAGAGGGAGGUAGGUCCUGCUUUAAAAGCCUCAGUGAGGGGAGAAACAUAGCAUUCAUCGAACAGUAUAUAUGGAACUUUGUACCAGUGUUUUCUUUGGUGUUAGGAAUACAGUCGUGAACAAAACAUUCAAGAUUCCUUUCCACAGGGAGCUUACAUUCUAGAAUCUGAAGUAAGGGUUGAGGAAUGCUAAUGAUGUGUGACUUAAAAGCACAUUUUAAGGAGACUCAUUAGUCCUUCUUUUAAAACCUGUUAUAGAAAAUCUUGCUGACAUCAUAAAUAAGAGCGCCAAUUGUUAAAUCAACAACGGGAGUCACUGGGUACAUGCUCCCCACGUAGGAUCUCUGUCCUUAAUGUGUUUUACUAUGAAACUUAAAAACAACACUACUAGUCGAACAAUACCCCAUACCUUGUGCAGUUGUGUGGGUACAGCCUGUUGAAAUCCUUGCUUAGUAUAUACUAUGUUGAUCUUCAGUAUAUGAAGGUAAUUGAAAAUGAAACUCAAUGAAGGGCGGGAUG